UCUCGUUUAAUUUUCGAAAUUCAAAUGUAGGGACUUUAGCUAAGUUUUUGUUGUGAUUGGUCUGUCAUUUGUUGGCUGUGACAGCUGUCAAAGCAACAAAAAUGUUGGGUUUUGUUAAAUAAGAGAAAAAACGUUGUAAAAUGGCCUUUUUGGAGUGGCGCAAGUUUCAUUUCUUUGACCUGAAAAAAGACGUGGACGAGGGGAAAAUAGCCGAGCUUUUUAAAGAAUCUAAAGUCACGGUAACAUGUAGCGGUAACAACCACAUUGUUUUGGGCGAUUCAAACGGCCAAAUUUUCCUGUGUUCUCGCUCGUGGCAUGUCCGCACUUUCCGGGCCUAUGAGCUAACAGUAGAGCUCGCCCACCAGUUGAGAAACUCCCCUCUUUUGGUCACAAUUGGGCAAGAUGAGACUGGGAUUAAUCCCUUGAUUAAAGUCUGGGACACGAGCAGAUUUGACAAAAAUGGGACGCCGUUUUGUUGCCGCAUUUCGCGGGCAAUUCCCGGGAACCGGCCCGUGCACGCGUCAUGUCUGUGUGUGCAUGAGGGGGCGCAGUUAAUGGCCGUUGGGUUUGUCGAUGGUUCUUUGGUCUUGUAUCGGGGUGAUAUCACGCGUGACCGGAGCUCCAAACAAAAACUCUUGCGUGACGCAAGCUCUACUGUGACCGGUCUUGCAUUCAAAACGACUUCAACCAACAUUUUUUUAUUCCUGGCUACUGAUAGCGCUGUUAUGGUUUAUAAUAUUACUCAUAAAGAUAAAGAAGUGAAGUUUCAUUUGGAUAACAUCGGAUGUGCGAAAAAAUGCAGCGUUUUGGCCGAAUCGAUGAUUGAGAGUCAUUUCAUGGUCGGCCGAAAUGAUGCUAUUUAUUGCUACACGGCCGAUGGUCGCGGCCCUUGCUAUGCCGUAGACGGCGAAAAAGUCAUGCUAGAGUGGUUUCGGAGCUACCUUGUCAUUAUCUCAAAAACAACACGACCAAACCUCGCCAUAACAAACGACAAUCAAAGUGCCCCCAGCCAAGGCGACCUGAUCACAGUUUUAGACAUUCACAACAAAUUUAUCGUAUUUUCGGCAACUGUUUCAUCAAUCCGGUCAGUUUUAAACGAAUGGGGCGCCUUCUAUAUCCUCGAUAACGACAACAGACUCUACCACCUGGACGAGAAAGACCUCCAAUCGAAAUUAUCGCUCCUUUUCAAGAAAAAUUUAUACGACGUUGCAAUCCGUAUCGCAAAGUCGCAACAGUACGAUUCCGACGGCCUUGUCAAUAUUUUCCGGCAAUACGGCGACCAUUUAUGCGACAAGGGUGACUAUGUGGGGGCGAUCGAACAGUACAUAAAGACAAUCGGGAAAUUGGAGCCCAGUUAUGUCAUUCGGAAAUUUCUGGACUCGCAACACAUCGAAAAAUUAACAAUGUAUCUGGAAGCCUUACACAAGCAAGGCCACGCCACCGAAGACCACACAACCCUCCUCUUGAACUGCUACACAAAACUGAACAACACGGUCGGACAAUCGAACAGUUUGAAGGAGUUGAUUUUGAUGAAAGAGGGCGAUUUGAACUACGACGUAGACAUUGCGAUUAAAGUGUGCCGGCAAGGGAGCCCAGCUGAGGCCCUAAUGUUGGCCAAGAAGCACGAAAAACACGACUGGUACAUCAAACUACAAAUCGAAGACCACCAAAAAUACGUGGACGUGCUGGACUACAUUUCGAACCUAACUUUCGAAAACGCCGAAUUUUACAUGAAAAAAUACGGCAAUAUCUUGAUUCAAAACGCCCCGUAUGAAAGCACGCAAUUUCUGAAACGCUUAUGCACCAACUACAACUCGCACAACUCAUUGGACAACUCCCUCGUUGGUAGUUUCGAGCUGUCGCAAAAAUCGGACCCGGAGGAUUACAUCCACUUAUUCCUAAAUAACUCGGAACGUUUGGUCGAAUUUUUGGAAUAUUUAAUCGGCGAGGGCUGCAUUCUGAGCACCCCUGUGUACAACACAUUACUCGAGCACUAUUUGCACGUUUGGGGCAACCUGGAGAACGUCUCCGAACGCAACAAAUACGCGCAAAAAACACUGAAAUUGUUACAAAACCCUGACAUUAAAUACGACAAGAGCCAGGCGUUGGUCGUGUGCCACAUGCAUUCGUUCAGUGAGGGUAUUUUGUACUUGUACGAGGAGCAGAAGUUGUACCAGCAGAUUUUGCGGCACCACAUCACCAAAAACGACACGAGCUCGAUUCUGGCGUGUUGUCGCAGAUUCGGGCACCAGGAGCCCACCCUGUGGGUGCAAGCGCUGUGGUCGUGUGUGCGCGACACCAAAAACCCGCCAAUUGAUUUACUGAACGAGAUUUUGACCGUUAUAGCGAAGGAGCGCUUGCUGUCGCCCCAGCUGGUCGUGGACGCGCUGGGGACGGGCAGUGUGGACAUAACACUGGGGCACAUCCGGUCGUAUUUAACGAACGAGUUGCAACAAGAGCAGAAAAAAACGAAGGAGAUCUCAGAUUUGACACAUAAUUAUCGCAAGGAUACGGAGAAGUUGAAGGAGCAGUUGGAGACAUUGAAAAGUGGGACGAUUGUGAUUCAAGGCUCGCGCUGUGCUGCGUGUCACCACCCGUUGGAGUUGCCAACUAUUCAUUUCCUGUGCCAGCACAGCUACCACCAGCACUGCUUCCAGAGCUUCUGCGAGGAGGAGAACGAGUGUCCGGCUUGCCAGCCCGAGAAUAAGAACUUGUUGGAGUUGUUGAAAGCUCGUGAGUAUAAUAAGGAUUUGCACGAGACGUUUCACUCCCAGCUGGAGAAGGCGCAAGAUGGGUUUUCGGUCGCAGCGGAGUAUUUCGGGCGCGGGGUUUUUAAUAAGUACAAAGUGAUCAGAGAUGAGGUACGUGAGACUGCUCCCGCCGAUAAAAUUGAAAAGAAGCGUGUUGUUGAGCCUGAGGUUAGGAAUUACGGGCUGGGGGCCGAAGCUAGGCUGAGACAGGUGGAAAAACAGGGGCAGGUUUUGAUCCCGACGUCUGAAGGGAGGGUGCGCGUGCAGGAGCAUAGGUAUAGUUCGUCCCUGGAGGCGAAUAUCAGUAACUACGUACCAAAGAGUUAUGAGAGGAAGAGGGAGUACAGUGGGGAUAUUGCGGGCACGAACCCGUUCGAAAGUGAUUAUGAUGAGAGCAAGAACCCGUUUGCUAGUGAGGAUGAUGACUACGAUGAGAAUAAUCCCUUUCGGGACGAUUGUGAUAAGAAUUCAAAUCCGUUUUAUAAAUAAGUGAUUGUACUCAUUAUAACUAAUAAAAACAUUCUAAUUACGUAA